AUGGACAUAAACUACACAAUCUCUCUAGAAAUAUUUCCUAUUCAUUUACAAAUUGAUCGAAUGAUUGUUUAAAUAACAGGAGGUCUUUUAUUAUAAGAGUUUUACAUUUUUAUCAUAAACAAUUGUGAUAAUAAGUACGUUAAUAUCAAUAGUUUAGAAUUUAAAACUAAAAUUGGUAAGAGUGGAAAGCACAAUCUUAUUAAGGAAUAUUUCUAUAUUCUAAAGAAUUGUCAAUAUCAUAAAUAUUUGGAAACGUUCUAAAUGGUUAUUUAAAAAUUUAUACAAACCCAAUAGAAGCUCCAGAAUCAAGCAUUUUUGACCUCUAAAGUAUUUUUAUUAUAAUUAUUAGGCACUCAAUCCAAAGGCACAAAUUAUAAUGGAAAUAAUUUUCAACUUGUAUAAAUAUAUCCAAAUAUUUAUUAAUUUAGAAUGCUAAUCAACAAGAAAUUAAGCCACUAAACAUACAUUUUAACAUAAUAGAUCCAAAAUCCUCAUUAAAGUACAGCUGUUUGACAAAUACUAAUUUUACAGAAGCUAC